AUGGCAACAACAGGGACUCCACUCAUGGAAGAUACUGGGUCUUCCAAUGGAACUUCUCAAAGUGCAGCCUCAGACAAAACCGCCAAUGACACCAUCCAAGAUCAUCCUGAUGGUGAUGAUAUCCGUCGUCAAGUAUGCUUUCCCGCUCCUGCCCCCGAUGAGACCCAUGACAUACUGACCGUCUUCAAGGUCGAGUACUACUUCUCUGAUGAGAACCUUCCCACAGACAAGCAUUUAUUACAGUUCUGCGGCGGGCGUGAGAACCUUCCUGUGUCCGUCAAUCGCAUCUGCGGGUUUUCGAGGAUGCGACAAUACAAACCUAAAAGCCUCGUCAUUGCAGCACUUCGUCUAAGUGCCUUCCUCGAAGUAUCUGCUGAUGGCAAAACGAUCAAGCGCAAAAUCCCUUUACGGGGAAAAUGCCUUCUCGAUCCAGACUUCUUCGACGAUGAAGACAUCGCCUACGACCCACGCGUUCAGAAACCAACUCCGCGUCCCGUGCAGUUCCUGCAAGUGAAGAAAGAUGCACGCAUGGAAGGGGUAUCGAAGAACAUGCGAAAGCCAACAGGGUUCGAAAGAACCUACAUGGAGCCAGUCCUCACUCCCGAGGAGUCCGCACAAGAAGACGAUAUGUAUGCUUCCGACAAGCACUUUGUUGAGCGUAUCGAGAUCGCCAUCCAGCGCUUCAAGAACAAGCGGCGCAUGCGCGAGAUUUAUGCACACGUCUUUGAUAAGUUUAUGCGCUUUGGUGGUGUAGAUGCCGGCCCGCGCAUGUACCAAGGUCUGUCGAAGCAGGAAAUGAAUGAAAUGGACGCCGAAGACCUCGCUAGAGCACUUGCCACUCAUCACGUACCAUGGGACCGCUCUAAGGAGACUGAUUGGGUGGUUGAUUUUUCCGGCGUCUGCAAAGGGUUCCUUUCAUCGUGGUAUCCUGCUCACUAUGGCUACGCUCCUCAUCUGAUCAAAAAUGCCUGUCAAGUCCUUCGUUCCUUCUUCAGGUAUCUUCGAUAUCACAGAGUCUGUCCUGAGUAUGACGAUCAACUCGCUGCUGCACUCGACAUUUGUGACGCUGCUGAGGAGCAGCUCCCCAAAGCAAAUGCUGCAGGGCUUGCCAUGACAGGAGACUUUAACAAGUCUGCCAGCGUCAUCUUUGGAGGCUCUCAAGCUUGCCUUUACAUUGGUAACAAGAGUUGGGCAGAGGAGUUAAGAGAGGAGGGUGUGAACAACGAAGAGAUUGGUAUUUCUGAGGAAGAGGCCAAGGCCAAGUUUGGCAUUGGGAUUGCCAUCUUGGGCUCGGAAGCGCAAUUCGGGCUGUACGAGUCGUCCAAGUUGGAGGUCCUCAGUAAGAAGUCGGCCUACCUCGAAGUAGUCACCAUCCACCCACCCGACUGUGACACCAAAGCAGCCUACGACGCGCAGAGCACGUUCUACAAGCGCAAACUGGAACUUCAACCGCUUGGCAAACUUAUCUGCAGGACCUGGUACCCUGCCGGAUGUGAUGAGUAUGACCUACCGAAGGACAAGUACCCUAACGGCAAGCCUUGGACAACGGGCGACAGCCAAGAGUACGAAUUUUGGAUUGAAGGGGAUAUUCUUAGGGAUUGCUUCAUCGGCAUGAAGAUGGACGCUGACAUUUUGGUGCUAUCGGGUGGCCUGAGUAUUCUGGACAAUGUCAAGGAAACCAUGUGCAGCUUCUACGUGUGGCUGCCGAAUGAAUUGUGGAUGGAGCGAAAGCCGGAGGUACGGUGGCUGAAGAAGAGCAUGGGUCCUGACGAAAACGACCAAGACGAUGACAACGACGGUAAAGAAGCGAAGCAAGGUGCAGACAAAGAAGCUUGGGAUGAUGAGUUUGAUGAUGAGUGA